CCAGGUUUCAAAUGAUACCGGGGUUAGGAUUACGGAAACUGUACUGAGCGCUGAUUUAAUCAGGCUCAGCAUUGAAAAUCACUGGGUUAAACCUGGUUUAAUAGAACUGCACGCCUGUGUAGGAAAUCCACGGAUAGAUCGGCCGAUCACUACUCGGAUAUGAGUUCUAAUUGUUGCCUCUUAUCUUCAACCAUGUCCUUUAAACAGAUUCAGCUCAAUGAAUUUGACAACACAUUCUCAAGUUGCACUGGUAUGUACCAACCAUCCUAUACAUCUAUCUUCUCCGCUCAAUGGAUGUAUUUGCUAGAGCUAUCUAGUGUCGCUCUUGGUGGUCGCGUGCUAUCGGUAUCAGAUGAAUUCUUUGCAGAGGCAUUCCAAUUAUUACUGGUCGAGCCUGCACCGAGUUUGAAAGGCCAAUUUGGACCAAACGGUGCGCUUUACAGUGGUUGGGAGACACGAAGACAUAAUCCGACAUAUGAUUGGUGUAUCAUUGCACUUGGCACGUCCGGGACUCUUACUGGGUUCGACAUUGACACUUCCAACUUCAACGGUAACGAAGCUCCUGAAGCAUCAAUUGAAGUAUUCUACAACCCACUGGCCAAAGAUCCAGACAUCGCCGACUCUAGAUGGACAAAAAUUUUACCCAAGGUCAAGCUGGGGCCUUCUUCCAGGCACCUCUUUACAAUCCCGAACGCCCCUUCUGCAACAUUCGUCAAGCUGAAUAUGUAUCCCGAUGGAGGAAUUGCUCGUUUUCGUGUUUACGGUCAUGUUAAAGCGGUAAUGCCAGAAGAACCUACAGAGCUUUUCGAUAUGGCACAUGUCUUUGCAGGAGGUCGUGUUGAAUUUGUCUCGGAUCAACACUUUGGCAUUGGGUCAAAUUUGAUCCUGCCGGGAAGAGGAAAAAACAUGGGGGACGGAUGGGAAACCAAACGAAGUAGGCUGCCUGGUCAUAAAGAUUGGGCGAUAAUCAGACUGGGAGCGCCAGGGUUUUUGGAACAAGUCGAAUUAGACACGGCCCAUUUCAAGGGAAACUUCCCAGAGAGCUGUGAAAUUCGUGCGUUAACCAGCGCGAGUAAUGUGAUUUGGACGAUGGAGCAUAGCGAGAGUGAAAACUGGAUUCUCAUAUUGCCUCGCACGAGGUUGGGACCUCAUAGACAGCAUUAUUUCCAACUAGAAAAUGUGGGGGGAACACCGUUUACGCACGUUAAGUUGACCAUUUAUCCUGAUGGCGGAUUGAAACGAGUGCGUAUACUAGGAAGAAGAACGGACACUAAAACGACCAUAAAGGCCGCUUCAGUCCCAACUGAACUAGAUUCAGUCCCUACUUCAACCCCAAUCAUUAUCAAAAAACCUAUGUUACAGUCGACAAUACCGGUCCUGCCGCUGACGCCAGAAGGGUUCGCACCGUUCGGACAGGUUAUUCAAGCCUACGGAGACCACACCGCUGCACCGAAAGGGACCAAGAUUACUCAAGCAAAUGCAGGAACGGCCAGCAAGUUCCAUAAAUUAUCUCUUCUCGUGUCAUCCUAUCCUCACAACUCAGGCGCGACUGCUGGCCUGUCUGUGUAUCGAUGUCAGCCGUUGAAGGACAUAAAUGUGAUUGAAGGAACAACGGAGCUCACGAUACUCGAGCGACAUCCAUUCACGAACCAAGGAUUUAUCCCAAUGGGUGGCGGACAAGGAGAAGGAUUGUCGGACUCAGGCCAUCGCUACUUAGUUGUUGUGGCGAAAAACGGAGAAGAUGAUAAACCGGAUGUGAGGACUUCAAGGGCAUUCAUGGCAAGCACUGCUCAGGGCAUCGUUUACAAUGCUGGAAUUUGGCAUCAACCAAUGACUGUCCUGGAUAAGCCUUUGGAUUUUACUUGUGUGGAGACUCAGAUUGGCAAUGGAGGUAUAGAAGAUUGUGAGAUAGUUGAGCUAGAAAGUAGUAUUCAUUUGAGAUUACCGUAGAGUUGUCGGAGUUGAAAAUCCAAAAUAGAACGUGACUACGUGACAGGUUGUAACAUCACGGCUUUACCUGAA